GAAGGAAGAUUCGUAUGCUAUCAAUGGCAAUGAGUCAAAUAGCAUGGAGGCCAAUCUUCAGAGAAAGCAGCAGCAGCAGCAGCGAUGUUGCUAAUUAUGGAGGAAAUUACAGUUAUCCGUACAAGGAAGAGAUGGAGAAGAGACGUCUGUUUCUUCAGAGUUAUCAGUUCUGCAGGAAGAAGACGAUGAAAGAAAGGAUCCGAUGCUCCUUCUUUCGUGUGAAGCGAGUCGUUUUGAUCCGACUCCGUUCCGCUAAGAAGAUCCGGAAAAAUAUACUCUGGUUGAUCAGGAACCGCUACGGCAUCUUCUUCUCCAUCAGGAGAAGAACAUUCGUUCGCCUUCACAACUCUAAUUCCAUCAAUUAUUACGGGAAUAAGAAGAAGAAGAUCAGACGGAGCAGAUUUUCUUGCCUAUGGUAGUAGUAUACAUAUAUAUAUAUAUAGAUAGUAGGAUCAUUAACAAGCUCGCUCGCUCGAUCUGUAUAUAUUCUUUCAUUAUCUGUUCCAGCCUUUCCAGGUUCAUUACGAUUGAUCUUACUACUACUAUUCGAAAUGUAUAAACAAUAGCGGUUACGUGCUAGCCCUAGCUAGCAUACCAAAUUUCUCUUCGUUUUUCAAUAUAGCUAGUUAGUUAC